AUGCCCAUGUAUGCAGACGUUGUUAUAAUUCAGUGCGUCUAUUGGGACUACAAUACUGAUCUCGCUUAUCAGCGACCCGCAAGGCUCGACGUGGAUCUGCAUGCUAUGACAGCGCCCUCACUCCUUAUACGUAAACUGUAUAAUACCGGGCAUACGAAUCAUGACGUGCCUGUUAUGAAACAGUACAAUGGUCUGAAUGAGGCAGAUGUUCUGUCUAAGUGCGUUGCAGAAGAAAUACCACUUCAUGCCCUUGAACACUACACGCAAGGCCCAGACCAGGCGGUAGCCCUAAGGCGUCGUGUCCUGGCCAAAUUUCUUGCCAUCACAGGGCUCAGUGGAAAAAGUCUUGCGAAAUUACCGCACCAGAACUACAACUGGGAUCUCGUCGUUGGCUCCUAUUGUGAAAACGUAAUUGGGUACAUGCCGGUCCCGGUUGGCGUGGCUGGCCCUGUCUUGAUUGAUUCAAAGAAUUUUUUUAUCCCUAUGGCUACAACAGAGGGCGCACUUAUUGCUAGUACGAAUAGAGGCUGCAAGGCAAUUAACAACGCAGGCGGCGUCACUACGAAUCUAACCGAUGAUGGCAUCACCCGUGGUCCAUGCGUCCAAUUCCCCGGUACAGAACGAGCAGCUUUUGCCAAGAAUUGGAUUAGCUCACACGAGGGCCAGGUCAUCUUGCGCGAUGCUUUUGAGAGCACCAGUAAUAUUGCCAAGUUGCGAAGGGUCAAUGCAAGCAUUGCUGGGAGAAGUCUAUAUAUCCGGUUCAAGGCGACAACCGGCGACGCCAUGGGUAUGAACAUGAUUUCAAAAGGUGUCGAAAAUGCCCUGCGAGUUAUGAGCCAAGACCCCAAGUUUGAAGACAUGCGAGUCGUUUCUUUGUCUGGCAACUACUGCACAGACAAAAAAGCUUCUGCGCUCAAUUGGAUCGAAGGUAGAGGUAAGAGUGUCGUAGCAGAAGCUGUUAUCCCACAUCAAGCUGUUCAAUCAGUCUUAAAAUGCACCGCCGAAGCAAUGGUUCGAAUCAAUAAUUCAAAGAAUCUUGUCGGCUCGGCGAUGGCAGGAGUUAUUGGCGGGUAUAAUGCUCAUGCCGCCAAUAUUGUCGCCGCCAUCUUCAUCGCUACCGGGCAGGAUCCAGCACAGGUCGUGGAAAGCGCAAAUUGCAUAACUCUCAUGGAGUGCAACUGCGUCGAUAAUUCAUUACGUGUAUCAGUCACCAUGCCCUCCCUUGAAGUCGGCACUGUAGGGGGGGGGCACAGUGCUGGAGCCCCAGAGCUCCAUGCUAGAGAUGCUUGGCGUGGCCGGCGCGCAUCCUACAGAAACAGGCCGGAACGCCCAGUGCCUAGCAAGCAUUAUUGCGGCGGCAACUCUCGCCGGGGAGGUGUCCCUGUGUGCCGCCCUGACGAGUGGUGA